UUGGUUUUGAAAUAUUUUUUAAUAGUCAGACAGGUCACCUGCAACCAUGUGGGUGUCAAUACUUUCAGAUACUUAAACCUGUCUGCAUUUUUUGGAAGUCUUAUCAUGAAGAUGAUACACAGGAUUAAGGGAUACAGGAACUGGAUUCCCAGGGCCCUGUUCACUGGACACUACCUGGCCCUUUGGAGAUUUUUACAGUGCCAGAUCUGUGAACAGAACAGGUUCUGGGUUUACUUCUUUCAGUGAGAUAAUGAUAAGGUGAGUUUUUACUUCCUGUCUGGCUUUGGCAACUUCUUACGGAAUGACACCACAUGCAGCAUUUGAUUUCUUUGCAACUGAUCUUACAGAAUAGGUUUUGACGGAGAUGAUGAGUAAUUUGAAUUUCUUUAAACAGUUUAUGUAGCAGCUGUUGAAUGUAGUUGGCUAUUAAUUCCUGCAGAGAAGUUUUGAAGUUUACUAAGUUCCCUUAUUAACUUGUCUAGCAAGAUUCUUAUGCUAACAGUCAGGUUUGGGAUAGAGUAGUCUCUGGGAACGAACGAGUCCAGGAUGGAAACCUUGAUAAUCUCUUCUAUUGUGGAUAUAUUUGAAUAGUAGCAUGUUUUGCUUUUUCUGCUGUGAUUUUUCUCCCUCUGUGGUCUUAAUUCCUGCUCCUUUCAUUAUAAGUUGAAGGUGUUAUUUAUUGUAAACUAUUAAUAUCAUUUGGCCUGGUCCUCUUAUCAUUUGUAUUUCACAGUUAUGAUGUAUAGGCUGGUUAGUGAAACACAGUAAUGCCGGGCAAGCUGUGUCUUUACAGACCAAAUGCAAAGUAAUUCUUUCUUUCCCUCUUACAUUCCCAGCAGACUCCAGUGUUUUACAAGGCCUGAAAAUCUGCAGUGUCAGUGAUAAUAUCACAGGGUAGCUUUCCCUUUCAUUGCUACCAUUCUCCAUUAGUUUGGGACUUCACAAGAUGCAUUAUUGUGCACGCCGUCAACCCAUCGCCCAUGGGAGGGAUGGGUGCAAAAAAGAUAGGACAGUCAACAAACACUUUGUUAUUCAGUUUAUUUAUCUAUGAAGAAAUCAUGGAUCUUCUCCCUAACUUCCUGCUACAGCAUUUCAUGUAAAAAUUUCGUUUCCCACUUAAAUUAAUGAGCAGCAACUUUCAGCCUUGCUAGGAAAGUAGUAUGAAUUUUCAGAUGUUCUUUGCUGUAGGUGGCCCAUAACAAAACAGAAGUCAAUAAAUUUGGAUACCUCCAAGAGAAUCAGGCUUUGGGCUCCGUGCUUAUGUCCAUUUAUAGUCCUGGGUUUGCCCCUAGAACAUUUGUUUGAAGAACAGGUAUUGUCAUCUGUUUUGUGAAGUCUCUGUAAGCUUGGAUUUAUUUUUUAGAUGAAUUCUUGGCUUUAAAAGGGUAUUCUGGUAUUUGAUUUAAAAAUAGGACAAAAAACAUUAUCUAGUCUUGUUGGUAUGUGACUUACCAAAAAAAAUUCUUUUCCAUUCCUAGCUCUGUUAAGACAUUUCAGCCAUGACUAAGAGAGAAGCAGAGGAGCUGAUAGAAAUAGAAAUUGAUGGAACUGAGAAACAGGAAUGCACUGAGGAAAGCAUCGUUGAGCAAACCUACACCACAGCAGAAUUUGUGAGUCAGGCUAUUGACAUCAAUGAACCCAUUGGAAAUCUUAAGAAGCUGCUGGAACCCAGACUGCAGUGUUCCUUGGAUGCACAUGAAAUUUGCCUGCAAGAUAUCCAGUUGGACCCGAAUCGAAGCCUUUUUGAUCAAGGAGUGAAGACAGAUGGAACGGUGCAACUCAGCGUGCAAGUGAUAUCUAGGCAAGGGAUAGAGCCCAAGUUGAACAUCCUUGAAAUUGUGAAGCCUGUGGAGACAGUGGAGGUGGUGAUUGAUCCAGAUGCUCAUACUGGAGAGGCUGAAGCUCACCUCGUUGAGGAAGCUCAAGUGAUAACCUUGGAUGGAACAAAACAUAUUGCAACAAUUUCAGAUGAAACCUCUGAGCAAGUGACACGAUGGGCUGCAGCACUGGAAGGCUACCGGAAGGAGCAGGAGCGCUUGGGAAUUCCUUACGACCCAGUGCAGUGGUCGACAGACCAUGUGCUGCACUGGGUGGUGUGGGUGAUGAAGGAGUUCAGCAUGACCGACAUCGACCUCUGCACGCUCAGCAUUCCUGGGAGGGAGCUCUGCAGCCUCAGCCAGGAAGACUUCUUCCAGCGCGUCCCGCGGGGAGAAAUCCUCUGGAGCCACCUGGAGCUUCUCCGAAAAUAUGUGUUGGCUAGUCAAGAACACACUGGAGAAAUAGCAACUGUUACUAUCGAUCAGCCUGUGCAGAUUAUUCCAGCAUCUGUGCAGCCUGCUACCCCGACCACCAUUAAAGUGAUAAACAGCAGUGCAAAGGCAGCCAAAGUGCAGCGAGCUCCAAGGAUUUCCGGGGAAGACCGGAGUUCCCCUGGGAACAGAACAGGGAACAACGGCCAGAUCCAGCUGUGGCAGUUUUUGUUGGAACUUCUCACUGACAAAGAUGCUCGGGACUGUAUCUCUUGGGUUGGUGAUGAAGGAGAGUUUAAACUGAAUCAGCCUGAACUGGUUGCACAGAAGUGGGGACAGCGCAAAAACAAGCCCACGAUGAACUAUGAGAAGCUUAGUCGGGCCUUGAGGUAUUACUAUGACGGAGACAUGAUCUGCAAAGUGCAGGGGAAGAGGUUUGUGUACAAGUUUGUGUGUGACCUGAAGACCCUGAUCGGGUACAGCGCGGCGGAGCUGAACCGGCUGGUCACGGAGUGCGAGCAGAAGAAACUGGCCAAGAUGCAGCUGCACGGCAUUGCACAGCCAGUGACAGCAGUGGCGCUGGCUACAGCAUCCCUGCAAGCAGAGAAAGACAACUAAGCACUGGGACCUGAAAGCGGGAACCUGAGGCCUGUCCUCCGUAACCAGAGCAGUUGCUGCUCCCAACUUUAUGAGGAUUGGAAACUUUUGUUGUUUCUUGACCAUACGAUAUAGGGCGUGAUUUUCUAUAAAGAACUAGGACUCAUAUAAAUUUGGAUCUUUUAGCAGCAUAUAUUUCAAUGUAAGUUAAGGGAUCCCCCCAGCUUCUGCAGCUGUGAGUCAGGACCUCCAUUGGUGUGCAGCUGGUGAGAGGUGGAACCGCUCCAGGCUCUGUGACCACGGCUGUGCAAAGUCAUUUCUUAAGCACUUCUAACAAAAAUGAGUCCUCACAGCAAAAAGGCUGACCAGCUGUCUGAACACAGCCCUUCCCAGUCUUUUGUUCUCUGCUGAAUUGCCAAAUGGCAUUUGAUGCUUUCAAAGUUAAAAUAUAUUCAUUAUUCUCAGUUAAUCAAGCAGAGCCGAAAGACACACUAAAUGUUACGAAGCAUCAGGUUCUUAAAAUAGCUUCUGGAAUAGCAAAGGAAACUAAGACUAGGCUUAACUGGAGAUCAGUGCUGAAGAAGGAGAUCCAGGUUUAGAUCUGGCUUAGGUGAAAAGCCAAUUAUGAGUAUUUCAUUGUCAUAUGUAGAUAAUAUGCAUAUAUGAGGGCAGAUACCUGUUUUGAAAUAUGUCGUUGACAUUUGCCAUUUAGCAAAAAGCAAAGA